AUUUCGAUAUUAUCAUUCGAAUAAUAAAUUUUUAUGAAAUUUUUAAAAUUUUUAUUGCAAUGAAAUAGUGAAAAAUGAAUUACCUUCAUCAAAUAACAGUUUACAUGCUGCUAGCUACCUGAGUGAUUUUUAAUGCGAUGUAGUUUUUCAUUUAACAAAGUUUUAUAUAAUAAUUAAAUGGAGAGAUUUGAUUUACAAUCAGAAGACACAUUACUCAUUCGCAAUAGUUAUCGAACUCAUAGAUCCAACAACUAUAAUGAUUGCAGCUCAGGAAUAUCUGUUCCUACUGUCCAUGUAUGUGGUCAACAGUUUGCUAACAAGCACAUUAAUGGUUUCAAUAUUCGUAUCAAGAGGUAUUUAUUAAUGUGCAUGGUGACACUGGCAAUAUUGCUAUUGCUAUAUAUACCAGUGUAUCACCAUAUUAUGCCGUCGAGGAUAGGUGAGAAUACCAAAUCUGCAUCAUUGGAUGUUGUAGCUUCAAUACCUGGCUGGAGUUACAAUACAUCUCGUGAGCUGAGCACAUAUGUUAAACCAAAUUUGACUGCUCUGCAUGAACCUAUUUCAGUCUGCACACAGCUUGUAGACAAUGGGCCUAUUUUUUUAAUGAUAGUUGUUUGUUCGGCAGUCAAAAACUUUGAGGAAAGAAAAGCCAUAAGAUCAACAUGGGGAAAUAUAAACCAGUUGGAUUAUCCAGCUUAUAUUAAAAAAAUAGCUGCUUUAAAGUUGCAUAAUAUAAAUGUAACUUCUGUGGCCAGUGAUAAUAAUAGUACCGAUAAUAUUUUUAUUCCAAAUGACUGGGGUACCUUAUAUAGGUAUUAUAGUAAUAUUUAUCAUGCAAGUAGUAAAAGAAAUAGAAAAGAUGAAAUGACCCCUAAGGGCGUCAAGGAUGCAGCUUUGAAAGAUAAAUGUGAUGAAUUAAAUUCUAAUUUAAGUGUUAAUGUUAAAGUUUUAUUUUUAUUGGGCAAACCACAUAUUGAUAAUGAUACUGAUUUUGAAUUGCAACAUCUAGUCGAUAUAGAAAGCGAACAAUAUCAAGAUAUCAUACAAGAAAACUUCAUUGAUAGCUAUAAUAAUCUCACGUUGAAAUCAGUCAUGAUGUUAAAAUGGGUGUCUUCUCAUUGUUCACAUGCAGUUCAAUACUUAAUGAAGGUUGAUGAUGAUAUGUUUGUUAAUGUUAAUAAGUUAAUUUAUGAACUGAAAUGCUUGAAUUUGAAGAAUACAAGUAACACCAAUCUUGCCAGCAAUUCUAGUUUUAAUAGUAACAAAAGUAAUCAUUUGCUGAUGGGUAGUCUAAUAAAAGGAGCCAAGCCGAUUGCAGAUAGUGCAAAUAAAUGGUAUUCUCCACAGUACAUGUAUAGUGGAAAGGUUUACCCACCGUAUCUAUCAGGAACAGGUUAUGUUAUGUCUAUUGAGACUGCAAACACUUUGUAUAAAACAGCUCUUGUUACACCGAUAUUUCAUUUAGAAGAUAUAUACAUUACAGGAAUCUGUGCUUAUAAAGCAAAAAUUAAACCCCUGCAUAGUCCACUAUUUUCGUACCAAAAAAGAGCAUUCGAGUAUUGUGAAUAUUUGAAUUAUAUCACUUCACAUCAGCUGACACCUUCCGAGUUAUUUAAAGUACAAGAACUUUUUGUAAAUCAUACUGAGUCAUCGCUUGAUAAGUGUUUUAAGAAAACAACAAAAACUUGAUUAUAAAUCUUGAAGGUAAUAGAUUUUAAAUCUUUCAAACAAGUAUUAAGUUAGAAUGAUUAGAUCUCUGCACUGGAUUUUUGUACGUUUUACAAGUAGUACAUGAUUAUAAUUAAAUUAUAAUAGAUACAAAAAUUUUAAAUAUCAAUCGUUGCAUUUGAUAUAAAUUUGUGAGAAACAUGUAUUGUUUAAAAAAGUCCUUAUUUAAAAUUAAUUCCAAGCAGUAUUUGGUCAUCCACAGUCAAUUGUUUGUAUCAGGUAUUAGAUUAUUUUUUAGGACAAGAUAUUUUUGCAAGCUGUGUAUGUAAAAGUUGCCUUAAGUUUCUAGUCCAAACUGAAGCGUCAUAUCUCCAUCAAUCACAAAAUAGAUCUCACAGCUAAUAAACGGUAAAUAAAUUUAGAUAUGACAUAUUUGA